AUGGCUCCAAUACUCGGCAACCCAGCUAUGCCCAACCUCUUAGCGGGAAGCGUACCGCGUAACGUGUUACGAUCAACUUCAGGAUCUGCCGCACCGGCUCCAGAGAUUGGCUGGGAGAAUCUCUACACUCGCCAGGUGGAUAUCUUCAAGCAAGAACGGGAGGUCUGGGAACAGGAGAGGACGUUGUUGCGGAAGGAAAUCGAGCGAUUGAAGGCUCAACUGGCGUCAGACUACAGCAAGCUUGGAGCAAACGGUCAGCUGGAGGAUGGCGAGGCGUCAGAUCAUGCCCAUCGAGGCCACGAGUUUCCGCAUGCUGCAGUAGAGCCUUCAGUAGGCUCGCACACACCGUCAUCAUCGCCGCCUGGCGGACGACGUUCGCCUAUGUCCAGAUUACCCAGCAUUUCCGAAGACCAAGACUCUGCCCCAGUGCUGAAGUCUUUGAACGGCGAGAACCACUUUCCUUCUAUCGCCAGUGCCAUAGAACAAGGCGUGGAUCAAGUGCUCAAGCACGAGAGACCGCUUUCGCCCAACCCAACACCUAAACACCUCUCGCCAGCACCAGCUAGCUACGUAAAGCACGCCGGCCAUACGCCUGCGAAGCUGGGUGCGCUCAGCCCGAGUGAGUCACUGCACUCGCCUCUUCACAACCGCCACACCCGAGACAACACGGACACCAACGGCCGCUCGGCGGAACAGCUAGGUUACGACAUUGACGACGAUCCACCGCUCAAGGGUCCCCUUGCUCUUCCCAGCACGCCAGAGCAUCCGAAGGCACCUGCGAUGCUGGGCGAACUGCAGAACAAACUGCAAGAGAUCGAGCACGACCCUGAUGCGCACAAACCAGCUGUGCUGCAGGGCCGUCCGGCCCCUUUAGACGAGUCGGAAACCAAGCAACUAGCUAGCCCGUCGGAGAACAAGGAGAACGAACCGGUACUCAAUGACGAUUCGCAUAUGGCAAUCAAGCUCAGGAAGAAACAGAGCUUCAACUUUGGAGCGCCGCUUGGAAAACUCAGGCCUUGA